CUCUGCAGUUACCACUCGCCUUCAAUUAUAACCUGACGUAGGUAUUUAAAUUGUAAUUCUAAAAUGGCGAAUUAUUACAUUAUAUGCAGUUUGUUUGUGUUCUUGCAUAUUGUUUAUGGAACACCAUAUAUAAAGGGUUUAUAUUGCCAGGACCCGGAUACGAAAAAACUGUACCCGGUUAACUCGACUUGGCGGUCUGAAACAUUUUGCGGGAAUUAUACGUGUAAGCUUAGGAAGAAGAAUUUAACUGAAACCGAGUACGUUCCCAUAACAAUAAACAUAACUUCUCAUCAGCUUAACGAAGAAUACAGUAUUAUGAGCAAUGACGAUAUGUCUAUAAGUCCGAGUGAAAAUUCAUUUGUAAUAAAAAACAUUGACCCUGAAAAACAACCAGUAUUUCACAGAGAUUUUGAUAGCAAAAUAAAUGAUUUAAAAGAAGAAUUAAAAAACAACAAAUCCGAACUCGCCGAUAGAUAUUUAACCGAAUCGGAAAUAGAAAAGAUCACUGGAAUACUUCAUACGAUUAAAAAAAGUGAUUUAGAAGCUAUUGUUGAAAUAUACAAUAUAGCACAAGAAAUUCACAAGGAAUUAGAUAUAGCAGAAGCUGAAAAAAUAGUCAAAGAUACAAUGAAUAGUAUUAAAAAUGGUGAGAUUAAAAAUAAAAUGCCGUCUCAAGCCCAAAAAGAUUCAAUAUCCUAUUGGUACGAGCCGCUUCAACACAACGGCGUUAAAAAUAAACCAGUCGAUUUGAAAACAGAAGGAACCAAAGUUGUACAAACAGCUUACCCUUAUCCAUACGCUGACGCUUACUACAAGAGACCGCAAGAGAGAGACUUCCGAAAAUUGUCGCAUCAUUACCCAACAUCCAGCUUUCAUAGAAUGUUGUCAUAUUUACAUAACCCGUAUAAUUCGAAACAAAUCAGUCGCCAGGAAACGAAACCGUGUAAAAAUGAUAAUAAUCUUGCAAAUUCAGUUGUACCAGUUUGGUAUAAUCCUUACCCAAAUAACAACCCAGAAUCAUAUAGGAAACCUUCCGCUGCCCAACCUGUAUUUCUCCCCUAUCCGUUCUCUUACGUACAUCAUAAUUUUACACAUCCAGCUAGUUAUUACUACACCAAUUAUCCCUGGGCUCAGUUAAAUGCUUACAAUAGAAAUAAACAAUAUCCUCAACCGUAUUAUGGAACAUAUGCUACUCAAGAACCUCGUACCGCUAUAAUUGCAAAUCCAGAAGAAUUAGAAGGCAAGUACGAUGAACCAAUUGAAGUUAGAAUAGAUGACAUUAAGCCUGUAAAUAAAGAAUUACCUGAAUGGCAAACCGAACCACUAUCUGCGAAGAUACUCGAUGAAGUCAAGGCGAAUAUGUUAGAAAAAUCAAAAAUUUUGAAGCCAUUGUCUUUGAGAAAUACGUUAAAAUUAGAAAAAGUGGGAAAGGUUAUUAAAUUAGACGAAUUAACACGAAGUAAACGGGAUGCACAUGAUGUCAGUAGUACCGGAGUUCAUGAUGCAAUAUCAGAGGAAGAGUAUGAGACGUAUAUCGAAAAAACGACGUGCGUCUCGAGUAUGGAACCCGGCUACUUCAGUGUGGGCAACGAGACGGAGCCCUUCCCCGCGUGCUGCCCACGAAGGAUAAACAGCUGAUAACGCCGUCACUAAUUAAGCCUUUUUUUAUUUAUUGUCUUAAUACCGUGGAA